CCACUUUAUUACCGCGACUUUUGAAAUGCAGAAGUUAGAGACUGGCAACAAAAGCGAGUUUUAGUAAACCUUGGUUCGAAAGAAAAUGGCGAGAAUAGUAACAAGUCACCAUUGGUAUAUGAGAGACGUGUUUCGAUGGAGGACUGGAGCAAGUCUAGCCUGGUCCCUCAUACUUCUUCCUUUUACAACAAUCUUGUACAUCGUUCUUGUUAAAAUCGAUGUCUUUCAUCCAUACACAUGGUUACUUGAUUGGCUCGGCACAGCUUUGUCUGUCUCAGGCUUUGGUUACAUCAUCUUGAUUGCCAUCCUGACAACAGUUGUUGCCAUCGGUAACGUCAACUGCUACACAGUUGUCCCUACUGUCCACAUCAAUCGCCUGUCGAUCAUCUGGGGUUUGGUCAAGCCACCAAGCCUCCUCCACAUGGCAUGCCACACCCUGGCUGGAGUCCUGAUGGCCUGCUGCUGGGCAGCGCUGAUUGGCACGUCAUACAGCAACCUGACAGUGACAGCCAACAAGGGCGCUACGCUGUGUCUGAAUGACCGUCAUCUGUUUCUGGUGUUGCAUGGUGCAUUCAUGGGUUUUCUGUACUCAGUUUCUUACAUUCAGCAGCAGGAUCGAUAUAUGGACUUCCCAGUUAUACAACAGUUGAAAUUCUUCCAAGUGAAGACGUACAUGUGGUGCAGCCUGCAGAACAAUGCAAUUCGUUCAUUGAGAGCCAGUGGAUAUUUUUACAUUCUCUUUUAUCUGUUCGGAUCCAUACCCAAGACUUGGUUACAAUCCAACUUGAAUCUUGAAGAGACCCCUGUACCUCUCAACUCCAUUUCUGGACUUCUAGACGUCUCCCUCGUGUGGAUUGUCCUGUGGACCGGUGUCGUCACAACUCACCUUUGGGGAGUGUCACUGUUUCUAUUUAAGAUCUUCAAUACAGAGGUUUACCAAUUCCCCAUCGAGGCGGCCUUUGUCAGCCAAGAAGAGCGCUGUCUCCACAAGGCGCUGUCUGAAAGACACAACCUCUUGGUUAAAUACUUGGCUUAUCAGGACCUGAGCUCACUGGCUGAGCAUCGUCGGGAUCGAAGAGCGGAUGUAUUUGCCCUUAGCCAGCCAGGUGGUCAUCCACACAACUGGAUCAGUAUCUGUGGAGCAUGCCUGUCACUCAUUGAGUCUCUGACUCAAAGACUCACCUCUCACCAAGAGUGGAUUGCCAACGGCCUUGCCCAGAAGAAGAGAAGUCAGGAUACUACUCCUAGUGAGCCUGGAGGGCAGCAGUCAUCCAAUGGGAGUAUAGCAGAAGGGUCUAAGGUUGCUGGCGGACAUUCAAACCAAGAUGCAUCAAACUUUUGGUACACCCCAAGAGAGCCUCGUGGUCCUCACCUUCGUAGCUCCGUAGCUUCCCCAAUAACCCCUGGGGCACCUAUGUAUGACCACGGGUACAACACCGUUCUACAAACACCACAGAUUACUAGUCUGGAUGGACUCCAAGACAUUGGAACCCCAGGGGUAGAGAGCACACGAUAUGCCACCCCUGGGUCUGGUUACGGACCCCUUGCAAGACCAUCUAUUCACAGAGACCAAAUAAAGCGUUCAUCACCCUCUGGAGACCAUCGCGGUCGUGCUAUGUUACCAUGGCAGCAUAGACUAGACAGCCUAAGAAAGUGGCGUCUGGGUGCCUAUCUAUUGAACCCUCUACCUGAAGCCAUGAGCCAGGCUUUGUUUACCGAUGUCCAGCUACAUAUCUGGGCUCUUGAAGCCUUGUCAUCGUUGGUGACAGCAUCUUACCAGGAGGAUACCUAUGGUGUGGUUCAAGGCAAACUACCAGAAAUCCUUGUUUGUAUGCUGGCUGUGCAGAAUGCUUUAGAGAAACAUUUCAAGUUACCCACGUCCCUGCCUAAGAGAAACCCAAGUGAUUUCAGACCCAUGAGAUCCGGCCCAAUACAUCCCAAUGACAGACUACGCUUUGACCUCAGGUCAACUGUGAUGACAUCCCUGUAUCGUGUUGUGGCAGCCUUCGGCCCUCAUUUGAAAAAUAUUGCGAUGGCACCUGAGUACAAGCGUAAACUUGGCCAUCUGAUGGAUUACAAACAAUGAGAUUUUAUUGAUGACCUAUGGAUGACAGUGAACCUUCAAGUGCCUUGUGAAUAGAACAUCCAGGAGGUACGAUUUCCAAAAAUAAGUUCUAUACUUCCUACUUCCUAACCAGACAUCCUUGUGUGCUGGCUGUGCAGAAUGUGAGUAACUAUCUGGAUUUGUCCGUAAAAUUUGUUAGCUACAAACUAUUUUGGGGUCUGAAAUUUCCACUGGGCCGCCGGUCUGAGCCCAGUAAGUGAGGCAUUGACAUGCAGGAUGGAUAUUCUUUCUAGGGAUUUUAGAUUUGUUUGGUACUCAAUAGUAUGUUCGUAAGUUGUCAUGGAGGGCAUUUUACCAUGGGUCCCAAAUGGAUUUAAUUUUGUCGUUCUUAAGAAAAAGUCAAAUGGGAGCAUGGCUUUAAACACUUUAAAAUCGAUUCUUGCAUAAAUCAUUUCUCAGAUUCAAACUUUUGGGGAUGAAAAUUUAUUACUUCACAGGGACUCUAUUUCUAAAAGCUGUAGUGCUUCUCAACAAGAAAGUUAAGGGGUUGUGUACUGACUGCACAUGACACUAUCCAUUUCCUCUAAAUGGUUUCAGGGGCUUAACCUAAUUUGUAAAUAACUGUAAUAUUUGUUGAAAAGCUAGAUGUGUAUAAAAAUGUGGUGCUGGACCCCAGGAAUCUGUGACAUUAUUUCACUUUUGAGAAAUCCUAAAAUGUAUCUUAAACAAUAAGAAUUAACAUGAUAGCCCUUUAAAGACACACCAAGGAAAUGUUACUUUAGUUUUGUUUCAAUAAAACAACAAAGUGAUUUUUUGUCUUGUCAGGAAUUUUGUGGAUUUUUUAUUAUUAUUUUUUCCCCCCACUUUCAGACCAAAAUCUACACUACCAUUCAUAGAGUAGUACGAUCACUUUAACUAAUACAUAAUAAGUAAGAGCCAAAUAAACAAUCAAGGAACAGUGAGUCUACCAACUGGCAGGCAUGGUACUGGUAUCUGGUAUAAACUUUAGAAUCAGUGAGUUUUCAGAUGGAAAUGUUUCUCUGGAAUAUUGGUACUGGUAUGAACUUUAGAAUCAGUGAGUUUUCAGAUGGAAAUGUUUCUCUGGAAUAUUGGUACUGGUAUGAACUUUAGAAUCAGUGAGUUUUCAGAUGGAAUUAUUUCUCUGGAGGAUUGGUACUGGUAUGAACUUUAGAAUCAGUGAGUUUUCAGAUGGAAAUGUUUCUCUUGAAUACUGGUACUGGUAUGAACUUUAGAAUCAGUCAGCUUUCAGAUGGAAUUAUUUCUCUGGAAUACUG